UGUUAAACCCUUUUCGACCAGCGUUCUCGGUAGUCCGACUCCGACAUUCUUCCUAUGGUGAGAUAAUGGCGAGAAUGGGGCCGUUAUUGAAGGCGAAGAGAAAGGCUGCUGCAUUUGUCUCUCGGCUGUGAGGCGUGCCGGUGCUCGGUGGCGACGGACCGGUGGAUGAGCGGAAGAAGCGGCGGCACUGAACGGUUCAGGUGGCGGCUUCAAGGAGACUGCUGUGAUGCUACGUAGGCAACUGGAAGAAAAGGGCUUUUCUACUAUGAGAGAGUGUGUGUGAGCCCGGUUUUUCUCUGGACACACGGGAGCUCUACCGAUCCGCUUUUUGUUGCUUUUAGUUAUUUAUUUCAUUUACUGGUUUGUUUUCACCGACGCGCUGUUUUUAGGAUAACGGUUACGGCGAGGAUACACGGCGGCGAGCUGGUGAAGUUUUGGGGAAUGGCAGGUCGAAGCCGAAGAGCAUGGUUUAGUGUUCUGCUGGGACUGGUGGUCGGGUUCACUCUGGCUUCCAGACUCAUCCUACCCAAGGCGACCGAGCUGAAGAAAGCUGGACAGAAACGGAAGGCGAAUCCCGCCGGUUGUGGUUUGAACGGGGGUCACAGACAGGAAUACGGCGGAGUACUGUGGCCACCGCAAGAUAACGGUUCACCGGCGACCGAGAAGCCCGGCUCGAGGUCCAAGAAUUUCCUCUUUGUUGGUGUCAUGACUGCCCAGAAGUACCUGAACAACCGAGCCGUUGCGGCUCACAGGACGUGGGCACAGACGAUUCCAGGUCGCGUUGAAUUCUUCUCCAGCGAGGGCUCGGACACCUCCAUACCCAUCCCCAUAGUGGCUCUGAGGAACGUGGAUGACUCGUACCCACCGCAGAAGAAGUCCUUCAUGAUGCUGAAGUACAUGCACGACCAUUACCUGGACAAGUACGAGUGGUUCAUGAGGGCCGAUGACGACGUCUAUAUCAAGAGUGAGAAGCUAGAGGGCUUCCUGCGAAGCCUCAACAGCAGCGAGGCCAUCUUCCUGGGCCAGACAGGCAUGGGGGCCCGGGACGAGCUGGGGAAACUGGCCCUGGAGCCCGGGGAGAACUUCUGCAUGGGGGGGCCAGGGGUCAUCAUGAGCCGCGAGGUCCUCAAGAGGAUGGUGCCCCACAUCCGAGAGUGUCUCCAGGAGAUGUACACCACCCAUGAGGACGUGGAGGUGGGCCGGUGUGUCAGGAGGUUCGCGGGAGUCCAGUGUGUGUGGUCAUAUGAGAUGCAGCAGCUGUUCUACGAGAACUACGAACCCAAUAAGAAGGGCUACAUACGAGAUCUCCACAACAGCAAGAUCCAUCGAGCCAUCACCCUCCACCCCAACAAGAACCCUCCUUACCAGUAUCGCCUGCACAGCUACAUGCUCAGCCGCAAGAUCGCGGACCUGCGCCACCGAACCAUUCAGCUCCACCGGGAGAUCGUUCAGAUGGGGCGCUACGGAGCAGCCGAGCCCAGCCGAGAGGACCUCCAGCUCGGCAUGCCGCCUUCCUUCAUGCGCUUCCACCCACGGCAGAGGGAGGAGGUCCUGGAGUGGGAGUUCCUGACUGGGAAGUACCUGUUCUCAUCAUCUGAUGGUCAGCCGCCUCGACGUGGGAUGGAUUCCUCCCAGAGGCAAGCCCUGGACGACAUCAUCAUGCAGGUGAUGGAGAUGAUCAAUGCCAAUGCAAAGACACGGGGGCGGGUCAUUGAUUUCAAAGAAAUCCAGUACGGCUACCGGAGAGUCAAUCCCUUAUACGGGGCCGAGUAUGUGCUGGAUCUGCUGCUGCUGUACAAGAAGCACAAAGGAAAGACCAUGACGGUUCCUGUGAGGAGACACGCAUACUUACAACAGACCUUCAGCCAGAUCCAGUUCAGAGAGGAGGGCGAGAUGGAUGCCCGAGCUCUGGCCAGCCACAUCAACAAAGAUUCAGACUCGCUUUCCUUCCUGUCCAACUCCCUCAAGAUGCUGGUGCCCUUCAAGCUGGCCACGUCCGGCCAGGACCAGAGGGAACCCAAAGAGAAGAAAGUCAACAUCUUGGUUCCUCUGUCGGGACGCUACGACAUCUUUGUGCGCUUCAUGGCCAACUUUGAGCGAGUCUGUCUGAUCCCCAACCAGAACGUCAAGCUGCUGAUCCUGCUCUUCAGCACAGACAACAACACAGAGCGGGUGAAGCAGGUGGAGCUGAUGAGGGAGUAUCACAUGAAGUAUCCCCGGGCCGAGAUGGAGAUAAAGCCCGUUGCCGGCUCCUUCUCCAGGGCUCUGGCUUUGGAAGUGGGUUCCUUGCACUUCUCCAACGACUCACUGCUCUUCUACUGUGACGUGGAUCUGCUCUUCACCAGCGACUUCCUGAAGCGAUGUCGGACCAACACAGCCCUGGGAGAGCAAACCUACUUCCCCAUCAUCUUCAGCCAAUAUGAUCCAAAGGUGGUGUACGCUGGGAAGGUCCCCAGCAACAACCACUACGUCUUCACCUCCAAGACAGGUCUGUGGAGGAACUACGGCUUCGGGAUCGUCUGCGUCUACAAGGGAGACUUGCUCCGAGCUGGAGGCUUCGACACCUCCAUACAGGGGUGGGGAUUGGAGGACGUGGACCUUUUUAAUAAAUUUGUCCAGUCAGGGAUUAAGUUGUUCAGAAGCACAGACACGGGGAUAGUGCACGUCCACCACCCCGUCAUAUGUGACCCCAACCUGGAGGCAAAGCAAUAUAAGAUGUGCCUGGGCUCCAAAGCCUCGUCGCACGGCUCCACCCAGCAGCUGGCCGAGCUGUGGCUGGAGAAGAACGACCACGGCUUCAGGAGACUGGCCAGCAAUAACGGCUCAGUUAGGACAGCGUGAGAAAAGGCUGUUUUCACUACCUAAUUUAUUUUUUACUGAAAUGAAAGACUUCACAUGGAUAUAUUUUGAAAAUAUGUCUUUUUUUUUUUAAAGAAAAUAUACAGAAACGCCAUGAUGAACAAAACAUAGAGACAGUCUGGGUUCUAAUGAUCGAAGGAAUAUUGACGAAUAUUCUUGUGUGAGCCUGAUGGAUGGUGGGUGAAGGACAGGCGGGGGUUAUUGGUGUGUACCUCAGUGAAGUACACCGUCAUGGUCCUUAAAUAUUCCAUUUGUCCUGUGUGCAGAAAACAGACUGGUGUCCAUGUACUCUCAGACCAGCAGUGCUCCAAACAGAACUCCUGAUUGUGAAUGUUUACAAAAGACUGAUUCUCAACAACAUUUCAUCAAUGAAAAAACUCAGAUCCCAGCUGUCUGAAUGAUUAACUAAAGGCCAUUUCUCUUUCUUUUACAGUCCGUUUCUUUUCCAAUUGCUUUUAUGGUUUUGGUAAAAUGACAUGACACUGUUACUGUUUCUCCAAUUUUUUUGUAUUUUUCUUUAUUAUUAAUUUCUGUGAACCCAACUGCUGGAUUUUAUAUCUGCAAUUCAUCUUUUUGCUGUCUAAUUUAUUGAAUUUGCAGGCUCCAUUUUCUACUCUCUGACUGUUGAAAUGUGUAUAUUGGAAAGAUUGUAUAACCAUGUCAGUUGUGGGAUGGUGGCUUUUUUCAUGUUCCUUUUCUUAAACUCAUUAUCACCAAAGAGUUUUGCACAGUCUGCUUUAGGUAUCAUAUUGCCUGUGUGUAUGUGUGUGAGCGCGAGUGUGUGUGUGUGUUUGUUUGCGUGUGUGUGUGUGGUGUAUAAUAGAGAGUAAACACAAAAGCUCUAUGUAUCCCAGGCCUUUCUGAUGGGUGAAGUGGAAACCAGUCUGGCCUUUAAUUCCAGUGAGUUGAAGUGGGAGCAGCACUCUGGUCGGCCGGCUCAAGGCACACAUCACUGUCUCUUUUUAUAAAUGACUCUUUUAUGUUGAAAUAAAACGUGUUGCGGCUGGUCCCAGUCUACAGAGGUGUGGCUUCAGUGCUGAUUCCAUUGAGCUGUGAUGUGAAACCCCACAUUGUCUGGUCCUGUGUUACAGGUUUGAGGGCAGAACGCUUCCUCACGACAGGCCUUGUUGUCCUGCGUCGGCAGUUACUGUACGUUUGUAGCACUCCGUCGGGUUAAUGCUACUCUUUCAGCAUCACAACAUGAAUGGUGAUUUUUGAGACUGUUGUAACGGGAUGAAUGACUGUGCGGUCAUUAUAGUGAUUUUUUUUAAUUUUCUUGGACUUUUUUUUUUUGUAAUUUUUGUUCUUUCAACUCUGUCCAACUGGGCAAAGUUUUCUAUUUAAAAAGAAAUAAAA